AGCCAGCAGGUGGCAGUAGCGUGGUUGCACUACAGGCGCCGGGCUAUGAAAGGCUGGACACGCCCCCAGUGGAGUCUCCAUGUUCCGGUCGUUACCCAGAGUUCUCUCUCUUCGGCAGGCGCCAUUGUGGUCGUAGGAUUCUCGAUCGGCCAUGUCGUCGCACAAGACUUUCCGGAUCAAGCGCUUCCUGGCAAAGAAGCAGAAGCAGAACAGACCGAUCCCGCAGUGGAUCAGGAUGAAGACCGGCAACAAGAUCAGAUACAACUCCAAGAGGAGACACUGGAGGAGAACCAAGCUGGGACUGUAAUUGCCCACCUCCUGCACCCCAGCACCCACAGGCUCUCCUCCACUUUGUCGGGAGAUGUUUGCACCCAGACCUGCAGAGAAGCCAUGGCCAUCCCAGAAGUGGUGUCUAAUUUUUCUACAGACGUUGCUUGUCAGUUUGCCGACAAUAAAGUGAGGAAAUGAGCAAA